UAGAAAAUUCUAUCUAAAAUUUAAUUUAGCAGAAACAAAACAAAAAAAUGUCAAAAUUUCUUGGUGUUAUAUCGACGCGCUGUCAGCAUCCUUCUGACGACCGUGUAAUAGAAUUUACAGAUCUUGAGCUUUUGGCCGACUUUCUUUUCCAUGAAACGCAAAAUCUAUUUUAUGAAUUUCACCGAAAAUCGGAGUUUAUCAGCGAACAAGAAAUACGUUUAUUCCAAAAUUUAAACAUGAUCAUGGAAAUUCUAAAUUUCGAAAGAAAGACUCAUUUUCAAACACUCGAAUUGGAACAUGAGUUAGAAAAAAUUGGAUUUUGUUUAGACGCAAUGGAAAGAUCGAUAGAUUGUUUAGACAGGCUUCCGGAGAAUUUUGUUGCUUGUAAAUGCAUAUCGAAUCCAGAACGACGUGUGGCUCUUGAAAAAUUGGUAAAACUUUCCGAAGAUUGUACAAGAAUCGAAGAACAAAUGUAUCAUGUUCAGAAGGAAGAAAAUUUGUCUUUUGAUACAAAUUCAUGUGAUCAGUCAAGCAAUCUUGUCUUAUUUCUGGACUUGCAUCAACAAAUUUUGCAAAAUUUAGAACAAAAGUCUGACAAAAUCAUUGAUCAGCUUCAAAAAUUGGAUGCAUUAUUCAUAAAUGCAUACAAACGAAGUAUCGGUGCUUGUUACCACAAACCAAGACACGAUAUCGCCUCUUCUUUUUGUUAAAAAAAUUGAAAUCAAAACUCAAAUUUUAUCGAAAACUUAUUUCAAUGACGUAACAAAACACUUUAAUGCGAAAUG